AUGCCGCAGACCUACCUCGGCGGCUACACGCUCGCCUACGCCUGGCCACAGGCCGCCUUCGGCGUGCUGCACAAGUAUCCCAAUGCGCAGACCACACACGUCACCUCCGUCGAUGUGAUUGAGCAGCGCUUCGAUGCCGCGUCCGGCCUGCUGCGCCUCGAGCGCAUUCUGGGUGUCGUGCAGGGCGCGCCGGGCUGGGUGACGCGGCUGCUGGGCGGCCCGGACGAGACGUUUGUGAGGGAGGUGGUCAUGAUUGACCCGGCCAGCUCGCUGCUCGAGAUGACGUCGACAAAUCUCACGCUCUCGCAGUUCCUCCUCGUCAAAGAGUACAUCACGUACACUCCAACGGCCGGCGGCGGCGUCGCGCAGCCGUGCGGCACGCAGUUCAGCCAGCGCGCCCUCAUCCAGGCCGGCAAUCUGGGCCUCGCGGCCGUGGCGCGCAAGGUCGAGGGCUGGAGCGUGAGUCGCUUCGGGAGCAAUGCGGCAAAGGGCAAGCUGGGCAUCGAGGAGGUGCUGCGCAACAUGUGGAGCAACGCCAGU